GGUUCCCGUUGGCGUUUGUGGUUCGGUGAUAGUGUCUCUGGAUGGAGAUGUUACUUCUAGGCAGGUCGUUCCCCGAUCUCAAGGAUGCGGUGGGUGAGGAGACACACCAGCCACCACCACUGAAAUCCACCCCUUCACCGCCUCGAAACGAAUACUGCCAGCCGUACAAGGCAACCAGUAACCUGACCGUAAUCUACAAGCAACCACGAAGACGAAGUACCGAAUCUACCCCAUGGAUCUAACGGAGGCAUUCGCCCCAGGAGGGGGUGGGGAGGAGCUGCCAAAGACCGACUUCUUCGACUUCGUUGUCUCUCCACCUCCGCACUGCGCCUCCGCAGACGGCGUCUCCGACGAGGAGAGCUUCCUCCAUCGCACCACCUGCAGAAGCAUCGGCUACCUUCAGCAAGGUCACGAGGAGCACGAGACGAAUCGCGAACUUCAUGGCUCGCCGUUCAUCAAAGAGACCAACAACAACACUCUGACGGCUUUGCCUCCAGUCUCGACUAUUACUGGCUCCCUCAGCCAUCAUCAUCACCAUCACCACGUGAGGACGCACCACAGCCCCUGCAACGUACAGCAGAGCAACGAACAGACGCCAAUGGACCAGUCGGAUUGCGAUUAUUGGGGCACCGACGAGAGCAAAGAGCAGACCUGUAACAUACUCCUGGAAGAUCUGAACAAGUACUGCUGGUCGGCCCAUGCCAACGCACAGAGCCACGGGAACGAUAACGUGAGCGUUCACCAAGGUUCCAACGAACACCAUCAAGGAGUGGGUCGGGGAUGUUCCGCUAAUGAUAGACAGAAUACCGACGGGGCUAUAUACACGUUGACCGUGUUGAACAACGAAGCCAACUCUAUGGACGCGUUGGACUGCUGCAAGAGUCCAGCCCCGACGUCCAGCGACUCUUGGUCCCUGAGACCUAACUUAGACCUAGACGCUAUACUGAGCAUGGAGCCAGCCUCCACCGAACAGGAACACGACCAAACCACCAACGUGACCGAGGUGUCGCGGACGGUGAACGACAGGUUUCACCCGGAUCGUUUCUCCGUUGCGUCCUCUCAGUAUGCCACUGACGAUAGUGGAUUCGUCGAGAGCAAGGAAUUAUGCGGUCGGGGAUCCUCCAGCGGCGGCAACUGUACUGGAGGCGACAAUAACAACGAUUGGAAACUGUCUGACCAAAAUCUGCAAGAGGCUGCAGCUGCAGCCGCGGCUGCGGUCGCGGUUGGAGCCGGUGACUCGGCGGAGAGUCUUCUGAGAAGCGCCCUGCAAGGCAAACUGUACACCGGCCCAGCUCAAGUAGUGUCCUCCUCGUCGCCGUCUACCCAAGGCACCACCAUGCCGAUGCCUGUCGCGAGCAACCCUGCUUUGCAAAUAGUCUCAGAUCAGCAGCAGCAGCAGCAACAGCAGCAGCAGCAACAACAGCAGCAACAGCAGCAGCAACAACAGGACGAAUCUAUGCACACUUGCACCGACGAAGACCUACUGCUGUCCCAAUUGGACCAAACGACUUACCGUCCCGGUGACUACGAGAAGCUCAAGAGCAUAGCCAAUGAAGUGGUAGAGUCCUACUGCAGCUUGGAGCCUGUUUGCAACGUAUCAGCAACGACCACGGUUAUGUACACACUGGACCCGACUAGUGGCAGCCUGGGGACGAUCACUCUGCCCGCAGAUUUGGGCCAAGUGAGUACAGUGACAGUGGUGACAGCAGCCCAGCAGGAUGUCCUGCAACAACAGGCAGCUCCUAGGACCGAGGUGGAGCAACAACAGUCCACCAACCAACUCCAAAUCGCUCCCUCGAGGGUCGUCACCACCAAGGCACCCAAGAAGUACUGUCGACGCACCAACAGGAACAGCAGCAACGCGAACGCGGCUAGCAAUGGUAGCAGUGGCUCAGAAACAGGGAGCAACGCUGGUGGUCAGCAACAGGGUGCGUCUGGUGGCUCCCCAGGCAGCGUGCCGCGCAAGGAACGCUCGCUGCACUAUUGCAGCAUCUGUAGCAAAGGCUUCAAGGACAAAUACAGCGUAAACGUGCACAUCAGAACGCACACGGGUGAGAAACCUUUCGCUUGCUCCCUGUGCGGCAAAAGUUUCCGGCAGAAGGCGCACCUGGCGAAGCACUACCAGACACACGUGACGCAGAAACCGAGCGUACAGCAACAAGCAACCGGCAGUAGCGCCAGUAACAAUGGGAAUAGCGGGAAUCCAAGCCCAUCCGCUGAGACCAGCGGCACGACGACGAGCAGCGUGACGAACAGGAGUCAACCUCACCAGGUGUCUGUGGACCCCGCGGGGAACGCCUGUAAUCCACCUAGUUAGUCGCGCUGGAUGGACCCA